CCCCUAAGAUCGCUAUCGUCUAUGUAAGUGACCGCUGUCCUUCCUUUCUUACAUGUAAUUACACGAGCGCUGUGCGGGGAUAGGAAAAGGGGAGGCUUUUAGAUGUCAAGCCUUACCCCUCAACCAAGACCUGAACACCGAAACAUGCAGGAACAUUAUACUUCCCGCGGUGAAACAGUGGCGUGACGUCGUCCAAUUACGAGUUAUGUCCUGACUAAGUUGAAGGUUAACUAACACUGUCCAUAGUACUCCACUUACGGCCAUGUCCGCAAGCUAGCCGAGGCCGAAAAGGCCGGCAUCGAGAAGGCUGGCGGUACUGCCGAUAUCUUCCAGUACGACUCUCAUUCUCAUUCUUGACUUAUAUAUAAUUCCUAACAAUGGACUUAGGAUCCCAGAGACUCUCCCUAAGGAGGUCUUAGCCAAGAUGUAUGCUCCGGGUCCGGCCGCUGACGUCCCCGUCCUGGAGGACCCGGCUACCCUUGAGUCCUACGACGGCUUCCUUCUCGGAAUCCCGACACGAUACGGAAACUUCCCCGCUCAGUGGCGUGUGUGGUGGGACAAGACUGGCAAGCAAUGGCAAUCCGGUGCUUUCCACGGCAAGCUCGCAGGUCUAUUCAUCUCUACUGCCUCCCUCGGAGGUGGUCAGGAGUCGACCGCCUUGGCGGCCAUGUCUACCUUCGCCCACCACGGUAUCAUCUACGUACCCUUCGGCUACGCCAAGGCCUUCGGUACCCUGACCGACCUAACUGAGGUCCACGGCGGUGGCCCAUGGGGUGCUGGUACCUUCGCUGCUGGUGACGGUUCGCGACAGCCUAGUGAGAAGGAGCUUUCCGUUGCCGAGAUCCAGGGUACCGAGUUCUACAAGACCGUUGCCAAGUUCGCCUCCGGCUCCGCGUGACUACAUGGUGGCGAGAAGAAGGAGGCGGAACCUCAGACUACCUCUGCUGUUCCGGAAGGACCGACGAAGAAGGAAAAGAGCGAAGGCCCUUGCGGAUUGCCCACGAAAUGCGAGAUAAUGUGAAUGACAUUAUACAAAAGAUUAAACAAGUUAAAUUAAUGAAAAUUUGAUACGGCCCUUAUGAAAACCUCCUAUUCGUUGCCGUGGUAUCGUGCCGUGUGACUUGGUGAGCUAUCCAUCAGUUCCUGCGGAC